AUUUAAUUGGUCAUUGGAAAUGUACUGUAAGAAGAAGUCAUGCAAUGAUGCAUUGGUCACGAUCAGUAGGCGCGCGUCGCUCUGGACGAACGUAUUGGCUUAGACCAGACUGGUUUGGUUGGAAAUAAAGGGGCGUUGAGAGACAGGCAGUGUGGAUAACAGUUUACUCUUUGCUUUUCGUGAUAUCCUUGUGGACUAAGAACUGUCAUAAGUGUGAGUUUCAGUAAUCUCGAAUACAGGACUGGUGUCUGUACAACACUUGCAUAACUUGUCUUUGGAAUAUGGACUGAAUUUCAGUGGAUCGAGCUGUUUAAGUGGAGUUGACAGUAAACCCGUUCUUCUCUACCGAGACUUUAGAUUGAAGAAUUCAGUUAACGGUAUACCUUUGGACAGCGAGCUGUUUGUCUUAAGAGGUGAAAAGUCAGGACCGGUGAACAAAGUUUCUUAUUUUCGUUUCAAAAUCAUUACCAUAACUGUUCAUGACCGCUGCGGACAUCCUUGCCAUGUGAACGAUAUACUGUGUGUGUCAGAGAGAUCUUAAGUCUUGGACUCAUCAGGGAGAAAAGUGACACCGGUUAUUCUUGACUUCCAUAUAGUUCUUCGGAUUUUUGUGUAGUGAAAGUAAUUUAGAACACCUGCUAGUUCGGGACAAGACUGUGUCGGAAAAUUACCGGCUGUGCAUUAGACUGAAUACGAAACUUUUUAGUUCAAACGUUCCAUGACUGCUGGACACUCCACCACAUGAUCAAUUUUCAGAACAUUUGAGCACAGUGGCCUCAAUCUACUGAGUAAGACAACUAAAGAUGGCGGCGAGCUUGAGCCGCCACUCAAGCAGCCUUAGGAAGGAAUUCGAGUGUCCAAUAUGUUGCGAUGAAUACAAGGAGCCGAAGGUUCUUGCUUGCCAACAUUCCCUGUGUAAAGGCUGCCUGAAGCCCUACCUUGCACCAUUUUUGGCGAAGAAGGCCGCAUAUUUCCCCUGUCCUUGUUGCCGUGCGAAAUGCCCACUUCCAAAGCAAGGAGUCCAAGGACUGAAGGAUAACUUUACCUUGAAGAACAUCAUAAGAAUCUGCCGAACCAGUCUACGAGUUUCCAGUGUUCCUGUUGUAGAAUGCGGAGCCUGCUGCCGUGCCACUGCAACUCAUUUCUGCCGUCAGUGCGAUAGUCUUUUCAUGUGCCAAGCCUGCGUCAAAGCUCAUAACUCAGUUGCUGCAUCAUCGGAGCAUGACGUCAUUGGCAUCUGCUCAACCCACAACAAGCCGUUGAUAAGCUUCUGUGAGACGUGCCAGAGUGCCAUAUGCCAACUUUGUUUGAUAUCCAACCACUCCGAAUCGACUCAUCGCAUCGAGAACUAUAGUGAGGUCAUCACUGAUAUUCGAGACGAAGUGGCAAAGGUCGCUACGGACUUUCAGCAGAAUGUUACCCGCCUUGACCAAGAGCAAAGUGAGCUGCAUGACAUCUAUAACCAAGCGAGUGGGAGGGUGGAUUCGGUCAUUAAAGCCGUGUCGGAGAAGGCGGACAAGGCAAUCGGUUUCGUUGAAAAUGAGAUGGAGGAGAUCAGGCUGAAUGUCGGGGAUAUUGACAAGCGCAUCAAGGAACUGGAGCGUGAGAAGGAGGUAGCUGAAGGAAUGUACAGCAAGGUUAAGGAACGCGAGAGUGAAUUGUACGAGAAGAAAGUCGAGUUGAUCUGGGAUCUACGCAAACAGGUGGACAUAUACUCCAAGGAUAUGACCGGGACAGUUGAAGAAAUGAGUUCCAUCCAAGAACGUAUGACAGCAGCAACCGAGAAGUGGGAAAGUUUAAAAUCCGACAAGACCAUAGAUGCAUUAACCUACGGUAGCUGGAAUAGCCUUAAACGUGACAUGUUAGGCCUGUCAGCUUUGACUAGUACCCUUGAUAGGGCAGCGCCGUUUAGGAACAUCACCACGCGAUUUGCUGCAUUCGUGCCGGACCCGAAUGAGCGAGAACUGGGAUUCCUGAGCAGGGAGUUCGAGUCAGCUUCGAAAAAGAUGGACUUGUGUUUCCCGGGGAAUAUGGGGUGGUACAAUCUGAAGAAGGUUGUGCACCUACCAAACAACAGAAUAUCAGCACUCGGAUGCCAGCCCGAUGCCCCCGCAGGGUCAAAUUCGCUCUACUUCUGGGGACUUCCAUCAUCUACACCAAGCACUGUCGUCAGGGAAUCUGAGCCUGUUGUUGACAUCGUCGCCACGUCAUCGGGUAAUAUCAUCCUCCUACGUAGGCAGGGCCCGAUACUCCGAGUCCAAUCUACGAAUGGUGGAGGCCGGAAGGACAUCAUGGUCAAGCUGGAACAUAGCCUGCAGAAUACUCUCGCCAACAUCGACACAGACGAUCGUGGCAACUACUUCAUCAUGUACGGCAGCUACCCUCAAUGCCGCCUACUCGUGGCUGACGAAGCGGGGAAAACGCUCCAAGAUAUCGGAAUCGUCUGCGCCAAGCGAAUGUCCUUCUGCAGGUCUACUGGGAUUCUGUUCGUCUCAACUGCCCAGGUUAUGCUGAAGUUCCGCUGGCAGGGUCCGGUCCAAGGGUUAGAAGUGAUGACUUCCACUCCCAACAGAAAAGGCCUCAACUACAAGGAUAUCUGCGCCUCCAACAACGGUGGCGAGAUGUUCGCCGUGGUCCAUAGAGACGGUGAUCCCGUCGAUGUCCUCCGAGUCUACCAAACCCUGGACCAGGAGGGUGACGCAGAGAAGAUGAAGGAAAUAUCCUUCCAUUCCGAUGAAGUCGUCUCGGCCAAUUUCACCAGUUUCUGCGUCAGAGAUGAUAACUUUAUCGUGGCUUAUGCGGAUCACAUCGAGGUGUUCCAUCUGACUUCCUAAGUUGAGCAGAGAUAAUCGAGCGCGCGGGAGGGGGGGGGGGCAAGAAGACGGUUGCCAGCUUCGCCCUGAUCGAAACUCAGAACAAUUUAUCAAUUUUAGAGCCUUUUAAUUUCGUAUAGGAAUAUCAUCCCUGACCAGGCCAGGGACCUAUGUAUAUCAUACUGCUCUGCAUAUCUUAUCCAAGAGCUAAAUCUAGUUUAGGCCAUAUUGCUCUGAAGAUCGUUUAUAUUAUAGUACACUUCCUUGUACAAUUCUAGUACAAGGAAGAUAUGUUGAUUUGUUCGAGGUGUAGAUUACGCGUUAUAGAUCUAUGAUUACUGAGUAAGUUUAUAUCAUUGGUAAAAACACUGCUGUAACAGGGUUUUGGAUAUUCAUUUUUGAUCCACAUGAACACGAGCGGUCUCGAUAGAGAACCAAGGACCGCCAGCACGGUAUAUGUAUUUGAAUUCCGGAGGUAAAUUCGGGUUGGGUUAACUGCUUGGACUCUCAAAGUAUCGUGUCAAGUUCUACAGGGGAAAGCCUAUGCCUCCUUGUUCUAUCCUCGGGGAGUAUAUAUGCACUGAAAAAAGUCCGAGAUUCUCGUCAAAUGACGUGUGUUUUUACAUGCUAUGGCAUUCCUACAUAUUGUCGUAAUGGUUUCUCUCUCCCAUUGCCGCUCUUAUGUUGGUGACAUUGAUCUCUCGGGCUAUUGUCAGCUCCCUUGAUUGCUCCAUCGAGUUUUUGCAUCUCUCUCCUCUCACCGCGGCUUACACCGUAUCUGACAAUGCCCAAAGCGGUCACUCCGCUCAACUCCAAAUAUCGUUCAUUAUCGUCUUGGCUACCAUUAUUUCGUGCGUCAGAAUGUGAUCAUCAAUCAUGGAUCUGGAUAGCCGAGCUGAGCCUGAGGCAGUCCUAUUGUCAGGGUUGUUAUCGGCCAUCACCAACCUGAUGCAGGAACCUGAUUACUUAACUUCUCCCAACUUCAACUUACCACAUCACAUGAGUGCAUCAUGUUUAAUUUCCCAUAAAGAAUGUAGAGAGGUGUUUUCCAGGUUGGCUGAAUUUGACCAGGACAAUCUGGCGUACGAAGAACGUGAUAUGAUUCCUGGAGUGAAGUGAAUUGUGUUGAAUUUGAAGGAUUCAAUAAUUCCUGAUAGCUUCGUUGUCAUGAACGCCUUUAUGGCUACUCACCUGUGGACAUUAUAGGGACUUAUUAGUAAUCAGAUUGUUUCUGAAGCUGGGACGUCUUCUUUACUGUUUGGUAGUGUAUCGUAGACAUGCGCUGCGUACGGGAUGGUAAAGUGAUCUGAAUUUGACAUUUUUCCCUUACCAAAUGAUCUUACCGUUAAUGAUCUUACUAAAAGAACUAAUAUUCUAAUUUCACAAUUCAGAUUUGCGAGCUAUCCUGUCAAGUACCGGUUAUUCAAGUCUCACUGCAUGUCGUUAUAUGGGUAUCAAGGCUGGGAUCUUUCUUUUAAUGGUGUUGAAGAUGUUUUUGUUACAUGGAGAAAAUGUAUCAGAAAAUUACUACGUCUACCAUAUAGAACACACAGUGCUCUGCUUCCACUGAUUGUAGAUGAUGUUUCAGUGCAAUCACACAUUAAAAAGCGUUUCAUCAAAUGUUUUGUAAAUUUGUUUGUGUCCAAUAACAGGUAUUUAAGAUUAUGUAAAGGAAUUGUUAAGAAUGGAAGCCGGUCCUCUAUUGGUAAAAGCUUUAACUACUUAGUAUCUAAAUACAGGUGGGAUAGGUAUAAGCUACCAAGUAAGUGUUCAAUGACAAGGGAUGUUGUAAAGGGCGAGAGGGACAGUUGUGACAAUGAAGAACAGAAGAGGGUUGCGGGUCAAAUUAGGGAAUUGAUGAGUGGGAGGGAUACAGGCCUUGAUAUUUUAACGAGGGAGGAGAUUGAUGGGUUACUGUUUGAACUAUGCGUUAAUUGACUUUCCUACAUAGGUAGGCAAAUUGCAUAUUCAAAAUUGUAAUGCAUCCUUCUUUGUAACGCACCCUUGCACUUCUAUUGUACCUUAUGAGUACGAAAUAAACGUAUAUAUAAAA